AUGCCACCACGACGGUCGCACAAGAAAUCACGAAAUGGUUGCGAUCAAUGCAAAGAGAGGAGAGUAAAGUGCGAUGAGAAACAUCCGAUAUGCUCCAAUUGCACCUCUCGGGAGCUCAUCUGUACCUAUUUGAGGAUCCCUAUAGUCUCAUCUCUGAGACGCACAGCUCAUGCAGUGGCCGAUCGCUCCCCAGACCCACCACACCAGGGACAACCGCAGUCAGAGAACCAUGUCAAGCAGCCUAUCAGCUCCGUAAGAUCCGCCGAGCCAAGCUUUGACCUUCGUGAUCUCGAACUCAUGCACAAGUUCUCAACCGACACCUUCAAAUGUCUAUGCGGAGACCAGUCCGACAUGGAUGACUGGCAGGUUCUCAUCCCCCAACAAGCAUCUAAGCAUAUGUUCUUACUCCAUGGCAUCCUCGCAUUAGCAGCCUUGCACGUAGCAGCCACAGCCACAGAAUCCGCUUGUGUGCUGUCAUAUCUUGACACCGCGCUUCAAUACCACAACAAAUCAUUCGCCCCAUUCCGACAAGCACUCGACGCCCUCACCCCGCUAAACUGCGACGCAGUCUUCGCCCAGUCCGCCAUAAUAACCGUCAUUGGCAUCGCCCUGCCACGCCUUAACGCCCAGCAUAGAGGCGAAUGCUUCAGUAUGAUCGAGAACAUGAUCACCGUGUUCGAGCUCCUACAAGGCUCGACUAAGGUCUCCCGUAUCAGUCGACCGUGGCUUAAAGCCAGAACUGGAGACUUAGAUUCCGAGAAGAUUGUUGCUAUAGAGAAACUAAGUCAAUUGAAUACCUGCAUCGCUGGUGCCGAGCAAAGUGGUGCUAACCGUGAGGCAAUUGACCUGUUACAAUCUUGCUUUGCUAAGUUUGCUCGUUCGUCUCAUCCGGUGGCUAUUCUUGCUUGGUUGGUCUAUACAAAGAAGGAAUUUAUUGAUGGGAUGCGGAUGCGCCAACCGUUUCCGUUGUUGGUUUUGAUGCAUUGGGGUGUGCUGUUGAAUGAGCUGGGGAGUCAUUUCUGGUGGGCGAAGGGGUGUGGUCGGGAUUUGGUAACUGAGUUGUUGGCUGAGAUCAAAGGUGAAGACCCAGUAUGGGAGCAGGCUUUGGAAUGGCCACGGAAGAUGAUAGGAGCCUGA